AUGGCCAGCGACAACCCAUCCCCCGAGGACAAGCUCCGAUACGACGCCGCAAAGAAGGAGCUUCUACAAGCCCUCUCCAAGCGGCGGAACGUAGACAGGUCUCUGGCCCAACUAGAGGUGCAAAUCUACAACCUCGAGGCAUCGUACUUGACAGAUACCGCUGCACACAGCGGCGGAAACAUCAUCCACGGCUUCGAGGGAUACCUCAAGAACCCAACAGGAGGACGGAAGAAGUACGAGAUCCAUGAUGGAGAUCGUAUGUUCUCCACUAGCAGCACGACAUUCAAGAAGUCGCUCGAACUGUCCGGCGAGGGCGAAGAGUCGGGAGUCGGAGAGGACAACUCGCGCAUGUCGACUCCCGGACUGACGACGGUCAUUGUUCCCCCUGCUCCCAGGGCGCAGGAGCUCACCGCCGCACAGCAGAAGAAGAAUAGAGACCGCGAGUACCAGAGGAAGAAGCGGGCCAAUGCACGCGCGACCGCCACCCCGAUGAGCGAAGACGAUAGCCACAGCGUCACUUCGUCAGGACGGAGACCGACGAAGAGGGCACGUCUGGCGGAUGACGAUUAA